GUGCAGACAACGACCGCCUCCGCGCCAACAAUGCUGUGCUCGCAAGCCGCGUCCGCGCCUGGAGUGCCCGCGCGCUCCGCGUCCGCGCAUGGGCCGAAGGCCACGCCGCCAGCGCCAGCGAGAGCGCGUGCGCCAGCUGCGGAGCUCGUACAGAGCGCUGCGUACUGCCGCGCGACGUGUGGGGCGCUGUGAUCGGCGAGGGAACGGAGCAAGGCGAGGAGGACGAGCUCGCCACCAGCGUUGGCAAACACGUGCCGGGAACGAGGCAGGUCGGAUGCAAGGCCCCAGCACAUGAACAAGCGCGCAUGCGUGCUUUGCAGCAGCAGCAGCAUCAACAGCCAGCGGCACCGUCUCGCUUCUGGUCCAAGAGCGACCAACAGGCGCCCUCAUCGUCAUUCGCAUUGCCGCUAGCGUCCGUGCAGCAUCGAGAAUGUACAUUCUGCACGGCCCCCGUCAGCGCGCAGCACGGCGCCGCCCAUCUGUGCGCCUGCAGCAUGCUCGAUGAUAGCCUCAUGCACCCGUCUCCGGUGUUGCGCACCAUGGCGUCGUCUGCUAACACAGGCGCGCCUCCAUCUCCGUCUCCACUGGAAUCGGCACUGGCCUGCUGCGGCAAAGCGGGUGGUAAUGCAUGUAUCCGCACCGGCACCAGCACAGGCUCGUCGACUGGCGCGCUUCCUGCACACCCUCCGCCAUGCUCGCCCUCGUCGUCUCUAUUCUCCUUGACAGCCUCCACCGUCCCCAUCGCAGUCGCAACAGCGGCGCCAACUCACGUGCUGCCGCUGCCGACGAGUGAGGGGAGAAACGAGGGCGACUGCGGCUUCUGCGCCGGGGAGGGCAACUGCGCGUGCCGCGGCGAUGGCAUCAUCGACUUUGAGCAGGGCGGCGCGCAACCCACCGGCAGCAGCGGCGAGACGCAAGAAGCAGAGGCGACACAGUGGAUCGCUCAGGGACGCAGUGCUGAUGCCGAUGGUGAUGAUGCGGUCAUCCAAGAGGACACUGCAGCCGCAAGACCCAUGCCAGAAAAGGGAACCGGCACAUCUAUGCCCACCUCCCUUGCACGUGCGUCCGGCCGCCAGCAGGCCCUCUCCGGAGGGCACGGGCGCGGCGCAGCAAACGCUGCCAGCAAGCCAAAGGCGAGACUCUGGCUCGUGCAGCCCGCUUCCUCUUCAGCGUCUGCGUCGUCUUCACUGCCGCUCCUGCGCCCCCUCGCGCGGCACUCAGCUGCGAAAGAGCAAGGAGCCAGCCGCCCGAAACUCUGGCAUACGUACACGUACGCGGCGCCUCAGGAGAUACGAGCACCGAAGCAGGCGGCGUGCUCGGGCGACCCGAGCAACUGCGCAGCGUGCAGCGCUGACCCUGACCUCGCUACAUUUUGCGCAGCGGUCUCCGAGGAUCCUGCGCUUGAGCGUGGACCCGAGAACGUAUCAGCCGAGGGUGUGCGCCUAACGGAAUCUGCAGCUCCGUAUGGGCGUAGCAUUGUUCAGUCUGCCACGCAGCAGGGCAUGAACUGCACGUCUACCGUCGACCUACGAGGAGAGAGCGGCGGCGGCAGCGAAGGCGGCGCGAGCGUGCCAGAAGCAUUCAGUCAGUUGCGCGCACAUCCAAACUUCCAACAGUUUUCCGGCGGACUUGAGCUGCUCGCCAACGUCGUGGCGGGUCGCUCGCUAACGCUCGCGAAUGCACAUGUACAUGCAGCACUUCCCGCAUCACAGCAGAACCGUGGUGCCAGCGGCAGGGGCAGCAACAGCAACGACAGAAAACAAUUGGGACUCGACGCGCUCGCUAACAUUCGAGGCUGCUCGGCGGCGUCGCCUCUUGCGUCAAGUGACGUCACGGCGCAGCAUGAACAGUGGCAGCAUCUCUCUCCCGCUUCUACUGCCCCUGGUAGCCUCAGCCGCAGCGACAGUAGUGGUGGCAACCUUCCCUCGAUUGGCGACACGAUCGGCUACACUAACGCUUCUUCCUCGUUCCCGCCCGCCUCUCUGUCCAAGCAAGCGGCGCAGGACGAGCAGCGCGCGUCGAAACGCCGACGGCUGUACGUCAACAAUGAGGCAGUGCAGAAUGCCUUGGCACUCCUCGAUCGAGGCGCGCUCGCCGCUGAUGGCGACAAGCCUUGUCCAUGCCCUUGGGCCAAAAGCUGAAUCAACGCUCCUGCAUAUCCUAUUCCGUCGAUUUACUU